UGUGACACGGCGGCGCAAUAUGACGGAGGAGCGAAAGGCAUAUAAGCUAAUGAAGCGCAGCUCACUCGUAAUUCCUUGAGAAAUUCUUUCAACCCCAUGGAGAAGUUUUCAAAUUUUAACGAUCCAAUCACAGGGCAAAAUCCUUUCGCUCCUUUGCCAUUCAAAAGACCGGUGCUGUCUCGUCUACUACACCUUGUUUACCGUGUGCCGCUGCUUCUUCUGUUUUUAAUCGGUAUAAACACCGUGCCCCUGCUCAUCAAGAUCAAGUGUCACGGGAAACCGGCUAAAAAAAUGGUAUCAAACUCAGUAACGGUGUUCGACGCGUUCGUUCUCCGCUACUUGUUUCCCGGCCAUGCACAGUUCCACGACGUGAACGCGUUUAUGGUCUACGAAGGAGCGGCCAUCCUUUUCAUCGAAGAAUGCGCCAGCAAUGGAAGAAUGGUAACCAGGUUCAAGGCCGAUGUGUCGUGCAAUGGUGCCAUUUACAUGAAGUACUGCAACGAGUGCGUGUAUGUCCUGGGAAGCAAAUCGGUAUUUUACUGGCGAUUCUUGAUGUGCAAAGGUUCCCUCACCGUAAAUGUUUAUGAACUGAGACAUAGCGGUGAGUAUGCAAGGAUUACAGGCGUGGCGAGAAGCGUGCUCGGCGCACAGGAUAAAAAGAAGUUUGGGGUGGCGAUGAACAGAAAGAGGAGAAGCUUAAUAAAGCAGUGUAGAUGAGGAA